AUGAUUAACACAUACACACGUUGUGAAGGAGCUUUUAUUGGACAUGCUAUUGCAUCUAAAUAUGAUCCAUCGAUAUUAAUGGCAUUAAAUAUUAGUCAAAGUCUUGUUGAAUGUCAAAAAUUCGAUGGAUCAGACAUUUUAUCAAGAUAUCUUUAUUUAUAUCAUACAAAAAAAUGUGAAAUUGGUGAAAUAACGAAAUAUAUUUAUCAAGAAACAUUAAAACGUAAUGAUACACAAUCUUUGAUUAGUCGGGAAAAUUUUCGUUUUGAUCAAUCAAUUAUUGAUGAAAUUGUUAAAUUAGCUGAUCAGAAAUUUGAGGGUCGUACAGCUGGUUGUGGUCCAGCACAACGUUCAUAUCCACUUGCUUUUUGUCAGUAUAUAAAAGAUGAUGAUUUAUUUGAUUGCACUUUGCUUGAAGCAAAAUUAACUCAUAACAAUCCAAUUGCAGGUCAAGUAGCUGGUAUUGUCAAUCUUAUUUGUCGUUCUCUUAUUAACAAUAAUGAUUGGAAUGAUGCAGUCAAUUCAGCAUUAGCAACACCUCGUCUUCAUAAAGAUAUAAUGGAAAUGGCAUUCCAUCGUAAUCGUAGGUUUUAUCAUGAUUUAGGAACGCCUGCAGCUUAUGCACCAACAGCACUCAAUUCUGCAUUGUAUUGUGUUUCUGUAUCGGACAAUGCAGCUCAAGCAAUUGCAAAUGCUUGUGAUAAAGACAAAUCUUAUUGUGCACCAAUUGUUGGAAUAUUAGCUGGUGCACGUUGGGGAAUUCCAUUAGAAACAUAUAAAGAUAAUAUUAAUGAUUUACAAUUAGCACCUCUUCGUGAUAUAGCUGGUAGAUUAAGUGCUAUUUGGAAAUCAAAAAAUGAUGGACCACAUUAUUAA